UUGACACACUUCCCUCACGGCCCCACCCCAGAGCUCCUGUGCUUUAUUUUUACACAGAGCCUUCCACCAUUAUAUGUGUUAGAACAGAAGAAGCUGUUCCUGUCCCCACAUCUGGAAUUUUGUUGAGCUUCUGUCCAUACUCACAUACCUACCAGAGAACAUCACUUCAGAUGCCACACGACAACUUACAUUGAUUGAUGCCACAGUAAAAACAUGAGUGGAGCGUUUUUUGCCACUUCGACUUCGUGACCAAUGACCGGCGGCUGAGAUCCGGCUCGGGAUGCCUCUUGGAGGAGGAAACAAAUGUGGCUGCUGUCAGAAAACUGUGUACUUUGCAGAGGAGGUGCAGUGUGAAGGGAAGAGCUUCCACAGAUCCUGCUUCCUGUGCAUGGUGUGCAGAAAAAAUCUAGACAGCACUACUGUGGCCGUCCAUGAGGAUGAGAUCUACUGCAAGGCUUGUUAUGGUAAAAAAUAUGGGCCCAAAGGCUAUGGCUAUGGCGCUGGUGCAGGGACUCUGAGCAUGGACAAAGGAGAGUCGCUGGGCAUUAAAGCUGAGGAGCCUCAAUCACACCGGCCAACCAACAACCCCAACACAUCCAAGUUUGCUCAAAAGUUUGGUGGCUCUGAUGCUUGUCCGCGAUGUCGUAAGGCCGUCUAUGCGGCUGAGAAAGUCAUAGGGGCAGGAAGUGCUUGGCACAAGGGUUGUUUUCGAUGUGCUAAGUGUGGUAAGGGGCUGGAGUCCACAACUUUGGCCGACAAGGAUGGUGAAAUCUACUGCAAAGGCAGAGUAUUCAGUGUUAUCCUAUCACCUUUUCAAUUGCAAUUUAAACCACCCAGAACAACUUACUGUGGCAUCAUUGUGGCAAAUUUUGCAUGGGCAAGUGUAAUGGAGCCAGCUGUUCCUUGAUAGCUGUGCGGUAUGUGUAAACCUCACUCCCCUGGCCUCAAGAGGCACACUAGUGACUGACGCUAGGGGCUGUAGAAUUUAGCCUCUUUGUUAGCGUGUCCGCCUGCAAUGCCGGCUGAAGCUGGUUCGAAUCCCACUCUGAGCGGGUCAAGCAGGACCAGCUACAGUGGUGCCGUGACCUGGAUAGGAGUGAGGUAACGGGAGCCAGCUGGUACGUGAUAGCUGUGCGGUAUGUGUAAACCCCACUCCCUUGGCCUUAUGAGGCGCACUAGCGACUGAUGCUGGGGGCUGUAGCCUUUAGUCUCCUAGUUAGCGUGCCUGCCUCCCAUGCUGGCGACACCAGUUCAAAUGCCGCUAGGAGCAGUUCGAGCAGGACUGAUUACAAGCACCACUCACGUUUUCUUCAUAAAACAAAAAAUGUCUUUAUCAUUGUCAUUCUUUGUCUGAUUGUCAAUGUAUUAACUCAUUUUGUGUUUUGCACAGGUUGCUAUGCCAAAAACUUUGGGCCGAAGGGUUUUGGAUACGGUCAAGGAGCUGGAGCACUGUCACACACUCAAUAGACACCAAAACACAACUUACCCCACAUCCCUUAUUCAUGAGCAUCUGUAUAAGCACCUGAACACUUCCUCCUUGUUUGCAUGUGCAGGGGCGAGUGAGUGCAUGCCAUUGUCUUCGAACAGGAAACUGUCAAAAAGGAAACCUGAGUCCAGAUGCUUCUGUCUCAAUCAUAAAUGAGACAACACAUUCCGCAUUCCAAAAACAUAAUUUCAUUUUCUUGAACCCAUAAACAUCCAUUCAUUACCAAACACUUGGAAGAACAUCAACUAUGUAAACAAAGCAUGGGAUUAACCCAUAAUCUACUCACCUGUGGUGAUCACACAGAUUUAAUGGAACUUGAGCUGUAUGGCAAUAUCACUGUUCCUCUGUUUGAUGUCCUGACUGUUCCGUAUAAUGGAUCAACAUGCCAGUUUACUAAAUUCAUGCUUGUUUGAGCUUAAUCGCUGUAAAGAAUGUUCCCUUUAGCUCUAUUCAAAGCAUGCAAGAUUCACAUAUCUUGGCUUAAGAUGCACUAUAGCUAAAGUGGCCCCAUAGAAUUAAGACACGUCUGAAUGUCAUUGCCUUAGAUAACAAAACAUGAAAUCAAGUGGGAUUUAAGAGAGAUAGCACAUUGUUCAAGCAGAACAUUUCAUAAACAGUGGUUUGGUAGGUUUUCAAUAAUCAUAAUAAAAAAAUAUAUACUUUU